AUGGGGAACGGAAACUGCAAUGCUCAUGUUAUUUCAGUGGACGAGCAAGACACCUGCGAAAGAGCCCUCUGCGAGUGUGACAAACGGUUGGCAGAGAGAUUGAGCUACUUGGAAGACACAUCAAGCUACGACUACCACAGCCAGUACGGUGACUUCAAUUUCUCUGAAAUGUGCGUUCCAAAAUGCCAGAACUGCCAAAAAUGGGACGAGUGCUGCGGAGAGUAUCCCGAGCGCUUUCCGUUUUUCUCUGAUUUCGGAAACAAAGGGUGCUGUGGAAAGAAGACCUACUACAAGUCCGUCCUCCAAUGCUGUAAGAAUGACAUUUUGCAACCCAAAGGAACAUGCCAAUAUGGUUAUGGGAAAUAG